AUGAACUUUGGCAACCCCGACGCAAACGUGGAAGAUAUGUCAAACUCGGAACUCUUCCAGUACCUCUUCAAGGCUGAGCUCGACCCCGAUGUAUCCGACCCUUUCACCCAAACCCUCUUCUCAACCGACAACAAUGCUUCCUCUCCUUCCUCCUCCUCCUCUUCGCUCUCGUCCCCUUCUUCCUCUACCAUGGCUACCUCCCCCUCCUCAUCCACCUAUGACUUCUCCUCUCCAGAAACCCUUUCACACUCCUACAACACUCCUCCCCCACCUCCAUACCAACAACAGCCUCAGCCUCAGCAGGAAGAGCAAUUGGCACAAGUGCAGCUUUUCCAGCAGCAGCCUACUCUUUUGCCCUCGACCUCCUUUUCUUACCGUCAGAUCUCGCCCAAUAUGCCCCCUAGCAUGCCCAACCAGAUGACAGUCGAUAACAACGACAAUUACAUGAACCUGCCACAGCCCUCCUCGGAUAUCGAUGCCAUUACCGCUUCGUCAACCUCUACCGACCAGAUGAGCUACUGGAUGCAGCGCUUCCAGCAGCUCCAGCAGCUUCAGCAAGUCCAUCACCACCAACAGCAGCAGCUCCUGUCGUCGACUCUCUUCCCUAGCCAAGCAGCAGCUGCACUGAAUUUGAACACUGCCUCGACUACCGCCGGUUCGAGUGGUCAAGAGGAUAACCACAGCACCACAGCCUCACCUUCGUCGCCUGCCUCGAGCGCAUCCUCCAGCUCGCCUACCAUCAAGGCUGAGCACUACCCUUCACCUCCCAUGAAGGACGACAUGGCCAUGGACAGCGACUCUGACGACGGUGAGUCGCCCAGCCAAGAUGCCAAAGGGUCUGACCCUCUGAAGCCCAGCCCCAGCGAGCUAAAGAAGAUGACCAGCAAGGAGCGUCGCCAGCUCCGCAACAAGUUGUCUGCCCGCAAUUUCCGUGUGCGCAGAAAAGAGUACAUUGGCACACUCGAAACUCAAGUCAAGGAGGCUCGUCGUGAGGCAGCCGAAUUGCAAAAGAAGUUGGCCCAGUCUGAGCUCAACUGCCAGUUCUUGCGCCAGGAGCUCGAGACCGCCCGCCUUUCCCAGACCCUCUUCAAUGAUGGUCGCAUGUCGCGCGAGCAUGCCAACCUGCUCGCCAGUCUCUUGAACCCUAACACCGAGUCUUUCCCCACGUCCUCACCCCCCAACGCCCUUGCUUCAUCCUCUUCGACGUCGUCGAUCCUCUCGGCCCAGGAGUUACAGCAAAAGGAGUUGAUGAACAGCAUCGACAGCAAUAACAUGACCAUCCUCAACAACGCCCUCACCGCCAACCAGCAGCAGCAACAACUUCAGCAGCAAUCGACCAUCAUGUCGUUGCCCCAGGGGUCGAUGCAGCCCUUCGUUCCCUUUGACAUCAACUGGGACCCGAACAUGAGCGUCAACCGUGCCGAGCUGAUCAUCAACCCCGACCUGGACCCCAAGGAGGCCGAGGCCAAAUCGUCUGUCCAUGCCCUGUUGGCCCGUUACGAGGCUGCCAAGCACGAGGCCGAGGUCGACGAGCAGAUGCGUACUGAGCUCAAGGCCUACCACGAGCAGAAGCUCGCCCAGACGUACAUUGUCAUGCCAAAGGAGGACACCCUGUUAACCACUUGGACCCAAGCCAACCAAGACUCCAUGUUCUUGCAGACGAUGGUCUACAUGAUGAUGCUCCACUUGACCCGCUCCUUGUUUGAGGCCGCAACUUUGUCCAAGACCCAGAUCGUCAAUGUCUACCAGAGCAUGGACGGCAAUCUUCGAUCGCAGAUGGGACAAGUCCAGGAAGAGCAGGAGAAGCGUGUCACGCCUUGCAAGUUUGCAGAGUGGCGCGAGGCCUGGAUCCGCAAGUGCUGGCCUUCGUUCUACAACAACCGUCAGCGUGUCUGCGAGCUGUUGAAGAGCGGUAUCUGCCCCAUAGCGGCUUACUCGACUUCGGCCGAUGUCGAUGAGACGGUCAGGAAGAUGGAGGAGGGUGUCAAGGGCAAGACGGUCGAGACCGCUAGCCCCCUCUGUCUCUGGAUCCGGUCCCACAUCCCCAACUGGUUGCGAUGCCCAGACAGUGUUGCCCAGGAGAAGCGUGAGCAGGAGGAGCGCGAGGCUCUCUUGAACAAGGCUGACCAGCCCGUCGAGGUUACGGUAUAA